UGGUUUGGAUUUAUACUUGAUUGCUUAAUCUGUUGUUAGAAAAGGUUUACACAGAAAGGCUUCCUGCCCACACAGAUCUUAGCAUGGAUGAGAACCGGAGCAGCUCAAGGCCGGCAUCUUCCCAGUGCCAUUCCCCUCCUGUGAACCCCUUGAGAAAUAUGGUGGAAUAUUUCAAGAACCUUAUCAAGAACUCAGUAUCUCCAAAGUUUUGUGUAUGGGUAAAGGACUACUGCAGAAGGAACGGCUUGCUCACCUUAUCACUGUUAGCAGUGAUGUCGGGUUGUGUAGUGGGAUUCACAUUAAGAAGCUUGAACUUGUCAACACAGGCAAAAAUCUACUUUUCUUUUCCUGGAGAACUUCUAAUGAGAAUGCUAAAAAUGUUGAUUCUUCCUCUCAUCACGUCCAGUUUAAUGUCUGGCUUGUCUGCUAUGGACACCAAGGCCAGUGGACGCCUGGGCCUUCUCACCAUCACAUAUUACCUGUGGACUACCUUCAUUGCUGUAAUCGUGGGGAUUAUUCUGGUACUGAUCAUUCAUCCCGGAACUGGCACUGAAAAAGAGGGGCAUAAAGCCUCAGGAGGGCCAGUGAUGACGUCUGCCGAUGCCCUGCUUGAUUUGAUCAGGAACAUGAUUCCGUCCAAUCUGAUUGAAGCCACAUUUCAGCAGUAUAAAACAGAGCUUGUGCCCAAUUUUAAAAACAGCGAAAAAUCAUCACAAGCCAACUUUGUGUACAUCAUGCCAGACUAUGAAAACCCCAAGAUGGGUCACCCAGUGUUUCUUGAACUCACUCCUCCUCCUGAAAUCCACUACAAGAUUGUACCAGGGAAAAGCAAUGGGAUGAACGUGCUAGGAAUCGUCAUUUUCUCUGCCACUAUGGGUCUUCUGCUUGGUAGAAUGGGAUCCAGAGGUUUACCUCUAGUAAAUGUGUGUCUUUGCGUCAAUGAAUGUGUCAUGAAGAUCAUCAAUGCUGCUAUGUGGUACUUCCCAUUUGGAAUCGUAUUUCUGGUUGCUGGGAAGAUCCUGGACAUGCAUGAUCCUGCGGUCCUUGCGGAGAAGCUGGGGAUGUACUUCAUGACUGUUCUGGCGGGACUGUUCGUCCAUGGUGUGAUUUUGCUGCCACUGUUCUUCUUCCUGUUCACUGGGAAAAACCCCUUUAGCUAUAUCCGCGGCCUCCUCCAGGCUCUGGUUAUUGCUUUAGCAACUUCAUCCAGUUCAGCUACUCUGCCCAUUACAAUGAAGUGCUUACUGGAGAACUGCCACGUGGAUCGGAAAAUCGCUCGAUUUGUUCUUCCUGUGGGUGCUACUAUCAAUAUGGAUGGCACAGCACUAUAUGAAGCAGUGGCAGCCAUCUUCAUUGCCCAGGUCAAUGAGUACGAGCUUGACUUUGGACAGCUAGUUACUAUUAGUAUCACAGCUACAGCGGCAAGUAUCGGAGCAGCUGGAAUCCCUCAGGCUGGUCUUGUUACCAUGGUUAUCGUUCUUACCUCAGUGGGUUUGCCUCCAGAUGACAUCUCACUUAUUGUAGCUAUCGACUGGAUCCUGGACCGAUUUCGAACAAUGAUCAAUGUGCUUGGAGAUGCAUUAGCCGCAGGAAUCAUGGCUCAUUUGUGCAAAAAGGACUUCCAGAAAAACAUCCCAUCCUCAAACAACUCAGAGAGACGAGAUACUGUGAUAUCUUUUGGAAACCAAAGCGUGCAGAGUUUUCCCACAUCUGAGGUUCCACUUCUGGCAAACAGGGACUACAUCUUAGAGGUUGUCGGGGAUCAGGUGAUUGAGAGGCCGGCUACCUGUUAUAACCUCUGCCAAGUCUAACUUUGACAGACCAAGAUACCAAGCAGGAGCAGAAGUUGCCUUGACUUCACAAAAACCUUCCCCCUUUUCCUCCCCUUUGUUCCACAUUUGUGCCAUUCUGUGUUUUUACAUCACAGAUGUUACUGUUACCUAAAGUGUCGCCUUUGGUGAACUUGAAAACUAGGACAUUUGGGUGCUUUUGACACCUUAAAAUGGGGGGGUUUGUAAAAUAUAUAAAACAUUUUUUAAAUGUUCAUCUUCUAGAAUUGCCUUAAAUGCAAAAGUUAAUGACAGACCACAAUAAUAAUACUACCACAAUAAUAAAACCCAUGUCCAAAAGGUAAACAUUACGCAACUAGCAAGUCGAUUGGGGCUCCAGAUAUGGAUCAUCAGUUGCCUUGUCAUACAGUGUACGGUGAAGACAAAAUAUGAUUUGUAAACAGAGAUGGUGUCUCUCUUCAUUAUGUUCACAGUUCAGAAUCCCUCUGUUCAAUUCAUCUGGGAUGGGAAGUCGUUGUACACUGGAAUUACA